UUGACAUUUCUCAUUCAAUCUCAGUCAUUCACAGCCAAAAUGUAUUGACAACCAGUAAUCGUAACAGCGAAAUCAAAAAAGAUUUCACCAAAAAAACUCGUCAGUGAAACAGGCCAUUACCGUCCGGCUCACGAAAUAUGUCGGCUAGUAGGUUAGAUGCCGUAUACAGGAGUAUUCUUCUGACAAAGUUCUUUACUAAAGGAUGGGGGAAACCAGAGAACUUGCGAAGGUUAUUCGAGUUCAGGAAAGUGGUUUCGAACCGGGAUGAAUGUUUCAAACUGGUGGAAAGAGACUAUCCUGUUACGAUUACCAAGCAACAAACACUAUCAGACUGCAAACUCUUCGAGGGCUACUUCAUAACGCCUCUGGAACGGUAUCUGCCCGGGAUUGUGCCCAAAAUAGCCCAGAAGGCACACUUCCAGGCCCUGCUGCCCGUUCACUGGCCCGAGAAGGGCUGCAAGCCUGUUUGUUUACAUCUUGCCGGUACCGGUGACCAUUUUUUUUGGCGGCGGCGGAACCUGAUGGUAAAGCCCUUGCUGAAAGAGGCGGGAAUCGGCGGCAUUAUACUGGAGAACCCCUUCUACGGACUACGCAAGCCGACUGACCAAGUUCGUUCAUCUCUGCACAACGUGUCGGAUAUCUUCGUGAUGGGCGGAUGUCUGAUCCUGGAGUCGCUCGUGCUCUUCCACUGGUGCGAGCGCAACGGCCUCGGCCCUCUCGGCGUCACCGGACUCUCUAUGGGCGGACAUAUGGCGUCACUGGCGGCUACAAACUGGCCGAAGCCUCUAGUACUAGUCCCGUGCCUCUCCUGGUCGACAGCCUCGGCAGUAUUCUUACAGGGUGUAAUGUCGCAGUCGAUAAACUGGGACUUGCUAGAGGACCAGUACCUCUCGGACGGCGAGUACAGAGAGAAACUGUCCAAGAUGGUGACCAUCGUGGACGAGGCAUUCCUCGCCGGCAAGAAGUUCGCGCGCACCUACUCACAAACCAUGGAAAUACCACAGACAGACAAACCUCCGACGCAAACACUCAAAAGCGAAAACAAAAGAAAAUUAGACAUAACGUACAAGGAAACUAGUGCAGAAGUGCCAAAGGAAAUCGUAGACGUAAAUAGGAAUAUACUAGAAGUAAACAAUGAUAAAGUGCCUAAACAUUUAGCCGAGUCUGAAGCUUUGAGUCAAAUCGAGAACUUGAAUGAGGAGCUGAAGAAGUUGCUGGAUGAGGAGAAGAUCAGCCAGCAGUUGUAUGACAAGCUGACUUCUAAUGAGAAGUUUGUGUUAGAGCCCUCAGACAUCGACGACAUCAACCACUUGAGCGAACAGAGACUGAAAGAGGUCCUCUUUAAAUGUAAAGUUGCCGACCUACAGGACUUGUUACAAACAAUACAGAGGCGGGCCGAUGAAAAAACAGAAAAACAGAAUGCCAAGCAAAAUUCUAGUGUAGUGAAAAGUUCAGGAAUUAUCAAAGAACUUACAGUAGAUAGGACAAAAAAGGAAAUUAUCAAAAAACCAGAAAAAUCUUGGAAUAUAUCGGAAUUUACGUCAGAUUUUUGGGUGAAUUUACCGUUCUUAAGAUCUAGUUCGAAGAGUGGGAAGAAGAUAGACAUAAGCAAAAUACAUUGGAGAGACAGAGAGACGCUACAGUUCAUGAGAGGGAUCAUGGACGAAUGUACGCAUCUCAGUAAUUUCUCCGUGCCGUAUGAUACCUCGUUGAUUAUUGCGGUAUGCGCGAAACACGACGCGUACGUGCCGCGGGAGGACGUCGGCACGCUGGAGGAGAUCUGGCCGGGCGCCGAGGUGCGGUACGUGGACGCCGGACACGUCUCCGCGUAUAUACUGCACCAGUCACUGUUCAGAGCCUGCAUCAUAGAAGCAUUCGAGCGCUCAAAAAAAAGGUGGCAUAACGGUACUCAUAUAAACUGACACUAGUUAUACUUAGCACUUGUACAACGUUCCUUUUUACGUUAAGAUACUCAAAGUGUAAGCUCAAUGGUGGAUAGACACUGUGCGGUUGUGUUAAUAGUGGACAAUUCUUCAAGUCAAGGGGUCUCUCAGGCUCGUCACCUGCCAACGACACAGAACUGAAGUGACGAGACCUAGGGCCAACCCCACUACUUCUUGAUUCAGCACACUUACACUCCAUUUCAGUACGCAAAUAACUAAAGAUACACAAUCUUGAUAUGACCUUUCAUUUAAAAACUCAAGUUAAAAUAAAAUGCGGUUGAAAAACAAUGUAAGUACAACGAUAAAAAUUACUUAAUCAAUUGAAGCAUUAUUCUAAGCAGUAAUUUAUUUGUUUAAUAUGUGGUUUUUUUUUAUAAUUUCCUAUCAAGAUUGUUUGCUUUUAGUUAAGUGUCGACUUAAAUGGAGUAGAGGGUUCAUUCAAAUUAGACGUUUUGUGUCGGUGCAGUUGCCGCAAGUUUUGUAUAAAAAUAAGUGAACAAUAAACGCGCUUCAGUCGCGCCACUACGAAACGUCAAACUUGAAAGGACCCGUAUAUUUUAUAAGGGUUUCAAUGUUGGUGCAAACGUUAUGCCUUACGUUCAACGUAGCGUAUUUGUCAUCAUUCUUUACACAUGUUUAAAUUGCCAUUUUCUGAAAAUGACAGUGCCAUUAUGUAUUUAGCACAAAUUUUACAUACAAGAGCGAACCUUUGAAGCUAGAAACUUCUCAACUUUUAUUUGAAGUAGAAGUCGUAGUACCUAAUGGAUAUAAAAUUAAUUUUCGAACAUUCGAGAAAUAUGCGAAACGAUCAAGUAAUAUUCAAUUUUAUGAUGUUAUUCGCGUGAUUGUCGUCGUACGCACAACCAUUGACGUCGAAGUGUACACAUUAUGCAGUAUUUGACAAUUGUGGGCUGUGACAGAACACCGGUGCUGACCCCUACGGGUCCAACACAUCGUUAAACAUAUCUCAGAUUCCACAUAGGUUAGACGUUGAAGUACAAAGCUCAUUUCGAAGUUAAUUGUUUAGACUAUAAUUUCCAGUUACAGUUACGAAAUGCUUUUAGAGUUAUUUAUUGUAGACGACUCUCGAUGUAUAUAAGAAGAAAUUAUAUAUUCUCUAUUGAGAUUGUAAAGUGUACAUUGUAUUUUUAUAAAAUAAAUUGUUUUUAUUAUCGA